AUGAGGACUUGUUAGUGAGAGGUUGAUGUGAUUUGAGCCGCGCAUCUAAUGCAGUGGAGAGUCGCGCUUGAAGGUUGAAGCUCGGGCAAUCCGUGUUCACGAGUCAGUGCGUCAAGGAGGCCCGUGCUUUAUAACCUAAUCACAACCCUCCAUCCGCUUUCAGUGUCGUCGAAUCGGUGGAAUCGGCCAUGCGAGCACACCGGAGAAGCGAGAUCAGCGGCGGCCCGGGCUCCAUAUUUCCGCUAGAGCAUCGCCUCCCCAAGUCACGUUUCCGAAGGGGCAUAUUGCCCACACUUCACAUUCACACCUCAUUCGUCCCACGCCAAGCAACAUCAAGGCGGUGGAGAAGCACCACCCCUAGCUGCCACCGAAGACCUGAAUGUCUCGAAGGGAGCUCAAGAGACGAAGAAAAUGUUCCACGCCAACACAGUGAGGGCCGUGGGAAAGGCCUCAAAGUCGCGAACACUGCCUGUCGCCCCUCACCACUGCAAGACGUUUCCUGGAGCGGAAUGUAAGGUGGACUCAUCGGUCCCUGCGGGUCCCCCAAUAUCCAUUUCGUGCUCGGAAUUGAUGGGCUCAAUUACGUUCCCCGAUUGCGCUUGUCAGCUUUCGCUAUUGACACACUGAAACUGACAGGCGUUUCUGCAUUGACUCAAGCGCCAAAAACUGGCAGUGUUUUCGCCAAAGGGUCAGCCAGUAACCCACGAAGUACAGUACUUACGGUUCAGCUGGAUGUGUGGCAAUGA